AUGAUUCACAUUUUGCAACACCAUCAACAUCAACAACUGCCAGAAAAAUACUUCCAAAAUAAUUCCAACCAACACUGUCUGUCAGUUGAACAUUCGUCAUCUUUUAAAAAAAAUGAUUCAAAUGCGGACAUCUCAUCAGCUGAUCUGGAUCUUAACUGUAACUCUCAAACGCAAAUACCAGGUAAAUACAAAUCUAUUUUGAAGACAAAGAGUAAUUUUAAGAUGAAAAAUCAAAAUAUGAACUCUUCCUUCACUGACGCUGGCUCUGAUACAAUCAAUAUAAAUAACGACCCGGCAAGCCGCAGGAGCGCUCAUCUAGGUAACAGUAACGCAUUCAACAACGAAGAAAACAGAUUCAACAAUCAAUCAAAUUACUCCUCAUCAGACAGCAAAUCAAUGAACGAAAUACUUUUCACCCCAAAAAUCAACUCGCCAAAAACACUUUCCUCAUCACCAUCAGCGUGUAACCAACAGGAUUAUGGAGGCAACACAGCUCAUACAAACAAAUUCGUCCAAUGGUCCGGUCAACGCGCACAACAACUCACACAACACAAGUUUCGGACGCAGCAAAUGCAGUUUUUGGAUCAACGUAAUAAUUCGGCAAGACUAUUUGCAAAUGUUCAUUUGUCAUCGGAAGGCAAUAAGCGGCAGUUAAAUGAAGACGAUGCUUCUCAUCAGAACUACGAGCUACAACAGCACCAGCGACAGACAUUUUCAUCAGAGGUUUUCAAACAAGAGAAUGAAAAACGCUGCAACAAUCACAUGCACUGCUGCAUCAUCUCCAUCAUCGCUCUCCACAGCAAAAACAUUGACGCCGUUGACAACGUCACAAAACUUGGCUCUGUCGAGAAACCUCUCAGAAACCUCUCAGAAACCAGAAAAGUAGCCACUCUGCACGCAAAAACGAAAGCGCAGUCAAAUGAAACGACUCUGCAAGUCACAUACCUACAUAGUCUGAAUUACUUUGCGGCAAAUAAUAUUACAUCGGAUCAAGAAGAAACAUUUGUUCUGCUAUCUUACGGAGAACACAAACAAGAAAUAAUGUUAGAGUGUUGA